GUGGCUAGCUGCUGUUAAAAGCCAGCUGAGGUCCUGGAUUUCCUGGUCUCUGUGUAUCUUGCUUUUCUUUGGCUUGCUAAUUAAGUGACCUUCUGGAAAGACAGGAAGGGUCUCUCUCUGAACCUACGGCUCAUGUUUUCUCAGCGAGAAUGAAUGCCAGCAAGCUCCAGUGAUCCUCCUGUCCUGUCUCCACCCAACUAGGAUCUGGUGCUACAGGUGCAUGCCAGAGCCUAGAUUUGUUACAUGGGUCCGAGAUCCAAAUUCUGGCCCUCAUGAUUUCGAAUGUACAGAAUUUCACAGGGUUAGAGAGAUGACCCAUUGAUAGACUGCUCUUUCAGAGGACUUGAGCUCCACUCCCAGGACUCACACCGAAGGAUCACCAAGUACCUGUAACUCCAGCUCCAGGGGAUCUGAUGUUCUCUUCUGGCCUUCUCGGGCAUCAGAAAAGGUGUUUUCCUUUGGUACGGAUAUCGGUUUUGUUUAUAGACUGUGUGAAGGAGAAUACGGGAACAUCAACCAACCAGAAAGUGGACCGGACAAUUGGCAUCUGCCUUCUAACCUCCGGCUCUUCGCGGGUCACCGACUCUAUGCUGACCCUGGACUACAAUUCCCAGCAGAGCUCACGGCAAAGGGGCGUGUCAGCAGCCGCACGGUGCCCGGUUGACUCCUACUGAUGACGGAAUGAAGGGGGCGUUCCUGUUUGGGGGCAGGCGAGGCAACUGCCAUGUCUGUGGACUGUCUUGGGCAGCACGCGGUGCUUUCCGGCCGAAGAUUCCUGUACAUCGUCAAUCUAGAUGCCCCUUUUGAAGGUCACCGCAAAAUCUCUCGCCAAAGCAAAUGGGACAUCGGAGCUGUGCAGUGGAAUCCUCAUGACAGCUUCGCACAUUAUUUCGCAGCUUCGAGCAAUCAGCGGGUCGAUCUUUAUAAGUGGAAAGAUGGCAGUGGGGAAGUUGGUACAACAUUACAAGGCCACACUCGAGUGAUCAGUGACCUGGACUGGGCAGUGUUUGAGCCAGAUCUCCUGGUCACCAGCUCUGUGGACACCUACAUCUACAUCUGGGAUAUCAAAGACACAAGAAAACCUACUGUUGCCCUGUCAGCUGUAGCCGGUGCCUCCCAGGUCAAAUGGAAUAAGAAAAACGCUAACUACCUUGCCACCAGCCAUGAUGGUGACGUACGGAUAUGGGAUAAGCGGAAACCCAGUACAGCAGUGGAAUAUCUAGCAGCCCACCUCUCCAAGAUCCAUGGCCUGGACUGGCACCCAGACAGCGAGCACAUUCUCGCCACCUCCAGUCAAGAUAACUCCGUCAAGUUCUGGGAUUACCGCCAGCCUCGGAAAUACCUCAAUAUCCUCCCUUGCCAGGUGCCUGUCUGGAAAGCCAGAUACACGCCUUUCAGCAACGGCUUAGUGACGGUGAUGGUCCCCCAGCUGCGAAGGGAAAACAGCCUGCUCCUAUGGAAUGUUUUUGACUUGAACACUCCAGUUCACACCUUUGUGGGACACGAUGAUGUGGUGCUGGAGUUCCAGUGGAGGAGACAAAAGGAAGGGUCCAAGGACUACCAACUUGUCACGUGGUCUCGGGAUCAGACCUUGAGGAUGUGGCGGGUGGAUUACCAAAUGCAGAGGCUCUGUGCCAAUGACAUACUGGAUGGUGUUGACGAGUUCAUUGAGAGCAUUUCUCUUCUGCCGGAACCAGAAAAGACCUUGCACACUCAAGACACAGAUCACCAGCCCAGCUCUAGCCACGGAGAGGAAGAUGGUACUGCAGCUGAUGUCCUAGCCUUAAAGGAAGAUCCUCCCAGCAGUUUGCUGGAAGAGAGGAAACCAGACCAACUAGGCCUGCCUCAGACUCUGCAGCAGGAAUUCUCCUUGAUCAACGUGCAAAUCCGGAAUGUCAAUGUGGAGAUGGACGCUGCAGACAGGAGCUGCACAGUGUCUGUGCAUUGUAGCAACCACCGUGUCAAGAUGCUGGUAACGUUCCCAGCACAGUACCCCAACAAUGCUGCUCCGUCUUUCCAGUUCAUUAACCCUACCACUAUCACGUCUGCCGUGAAGGCCAAGCUGCUGAAGAUCCUAAAGGACACUUCCCUGCAGAAAGUGAAACGCAACCAGAGCUGUUUGGAGCCUUGCCUGCGCCAGCUUGUCUCCUGCCUUGAGUCUUUUGUGAACCAAGAGGAUAGUGCUUCUAGCAACCCAUUUGCACUCCCGAACUCUGUCACACCACCUUUACCGUCAUUUGCACGGGUAACCACUGCCUACGGGUCAUACCAGGAUGCCAAUGUUCCCUUUCCUAGGACCUCUGGGGCCAGGUUCUGUGGAGCAGGUUACCUGGUGUACUUCACAAGGCCCAUGACGAUGCAUCGCGCAGUGUCUCCAACAGAGCCUACUCCUAGAUCUCUCUCAGCCCUAUCUGCUUACCACACUGGCUUGAUUGCACCAAUGAAGAUCCGCACCGAGGCCCCUGGGAACCUGCGUUUGUACAGUGGGAGCCCAACUCGCAGCGAGAAAGAGCAGGUCUCCAUCAGCUCCUUCUACUACAAGGAACGGAUGUCUCCUCGCUCUGCCCGGCGACGUUGGUCCAUACAAGCAAUUAACGACUUCCCGAAAUCAAGGAGGUGGAAAAGUAAGCGGGAAGGAUCGGACUCUGGCAAUCGACCCAUUAAGGCUGCUGGGAAGGUUAUCAUCCAGGACGUUUCCUGCCUCCUUCCUGUUCACAAGUCCCUGGGAGAGAUGUACAUAUUGAAUGUGAACGACACUCAGGAGACGUGCCAGAAGAACGCCGCUUCGGCCAUGCUAGUUGGAAGGAAGGAUCUUGUCCAGGUUUGGUCGCUGGCCACAGUAGCUACAGAUCUUUGCCUUGGUCCGAAGUCUGACCCAGAUUUGGAGACACCUUGGGCUCGACAUCCAUUUGGGCGACAGCUGCUGGAGUCCCUAUUGGCUCACUACUGCCAACUCCGAGAUGUCCAGACCUUGGCUAUGCUGUGCAGCGUGUUUGAAGCCCAGUCCCGGCCUCAGGGGUUACCAAACCCUUUCGGGCCUUUCCCUAACCGUUCUUCUAAUCUUAUGGUGUCCCACAGUCGAUAUCCCAGCUUUACCUCCUCGGGGUCCUGCUCCAGCAUGUCAGACCCAGGGUUCAACACCGGCGGCUGGAACAUAGCCGGAAGAGAGACAGAACACGUGUCUUCACCUUGGGGAGAGUCUUCUCCGGAAGAACUCCGCUUUGGGAGUCUGACCUACAGUGACCCCCGGGAGCGGGAGCGCGACCAGCACGACAGAAACAAAAGACUGCUGGACCCUGCCAAUACCCAGCAGUUUGAUGACUUUAAGAAGUGCUACGGAGAGAUCCUCUACCGCUGGGGUCUGAGAGAGAAGCGGGCGGAAGUGCUGAAGUUUGUGUCCUGCCCCCCUGACCCUCACAAAGGAAUUGAGUUCGGUGUGUACUGCAGUCACUGCCGGAGCGAGGUCCGUGGCACGCAGUGUGCCAUCUGCAAAGGUUUCACGUUCCAGUGUGCCAUCUGCCACGUGGCUGUGCGGGGGUCAUCCAACUUCUGCCUGACCUGUGGGCAUGGUGGCCAUACAAGCCACAUGAUGGAAUGGUUUCGGACCCAAGAGGUCUGUCCCACUGGGUGUGGCUGCCACUGCCUGCUGGAGAGCACCUUCUGAACAUGAGAGGGUGGGACUGUCCGAAAUCUCAGAGGACUCUGUAAAUGCUGGAGACACAAGAAUUCUGUUAAGAAAUAGAGGAAGAUGGUGACCCAAGACUAGAAGUCUUGGCUUUCUGCUGGUGGUGGUGGAAAGUUCCAGAACCCGGGUUAUUCAGGAGCACAGUCCCCUCACAGACUCAGGAGCCUUUGCCUUCCCUUCUCUUUGGCUGCCGGGGGCCGGAUGGUGCUGGACGAAGGGAGGGAGAGCACAGAGCUGGCCCUCCUGCACUGUCUGUGGAUGUUUUCAUGGGGAGCAGCACCUUUUUCCAGAGCGCCAGCCUUUGAGGUGCCCUUGAGCCAGGAAUGGGCUCUCCAGAUGCCAGGAUAACAUCAAAUCAGCGACAAAAGACAGUCUCCUGAGCCAGAGGACGCUGAAUGUUAGUGUCAUCGACAAGUGAGCCCAUGACAUCUGUGACUUCAGAAGCUGGUACCUUUGAUGAGUCAAUGAGCAGAGGCCUUAUAAGAUACAGUACUAAAGUGUAAGAUAUGUUGUACUUAAAGACUUUUUUUCCUGAACUUGGGGCUUGCAUAUUAUUAGUGAGUAGCCGUACCUGAGUUUCAUUGCCAGCCCCUUAAGGAGUCUUAAAGUGUAUAUAUUUUUAAGUUUCUCCUCUAUCUGCUUUCCCUUGACUAAUAAAGCUAUACAUCUUGUUUUUAUCUAUAAA